UGGGAGGACAAGACAAUACCCAACCACUCUUGCUUGAGGCCUCACCAACCCUUCCUGCGACUUGCGCCUCGCGACAAUGGCAUCGUGUGCAAUGACCUGAAUGCUGUCACAAACGAAGAGCUCGUAUGAGCAACAAACAUGUCAUCCGAUCAUGCUACGCUCGACUUCUCACCACGCCGAGUUUCCUCCAACGCCUCACUACUCGAGCGUCGCGCAACCCCCAGUACGGUUUCCAGCUCCAAAAGAGGAUUCAGUGCUGCGAGCAGCGAGACUGGUGAAUCGAGUGCUGCGGCAAGUAAUCGGAAUAGUCUGUCGGCAUCGAACGAUGGGCUGCUAGACGGGAUGGCUGAGAAAAACGACCCGUUCGAGGGUGCAGUGCCGGCUAAGAUUGGCAAAGGGAGCCACAGGAGCCAUAGGAGCAGGAACGGCGGGGGCUUUCUGCUGUCGAAUUCCGUUUUUGAACCUCCCCCCGGCGAUGCAGAGGCGGCCUUGGAGCACACCGCACACCGACCAUCGUCUAAGAAUCGGAAAGGCAAAUCAGUCGUGCGCAUCGAGGAGAGGAAACAAACAAAAAAACGAUCGGAUACUGCGCUGCGGCUAGGCGUUGGUAACAGUCCGCUGGGUGCCACUGUAACUACAGCUGGGACAGACAAUGGCUUAGACGGAGAUACAACCGAAGAUGUUGGGAACCACACUGCCACGAAGGCCAAGGGUAUAGGGCUUGAUGUUGAUUCUACGCAGAUUGUCAAUCUCGCGCUGAAUCUCAGCGAGAGUAGACGCAAUGCGGCACGGAGGAGCUUGUCAGCAGCAGCCCCCCCAAUUUCAAACGCAUUUGGGGAAAGUUUCACCGGCGGCGGGAGUCUUCGACAACAUCUACAACAGCAAAGGCGGUCGUCUAGGAAUUUGUCCCCCAAAUCAGAAAGAGUUGACCGUUCCCUUACUGCAUCUCCUCGAAUUGGGUCAAGUCAGAAAAUCCACAGCCCUUUGCACACGUCAUUCGAUACUGAACCAGAUGGCGGUUACAGGUAUCAUUUUACUGCAUCUACGCUGGCACGGGCGGAAAAGGCCAAGAACGCCAUUGGACUCAUGGCUGAGUAUCGUCGAUUGCUACAAUAUGUUCCGCCGUUGAAACCACAAGGAAUUGAAAGAGCAACGACAGCAACUAGCUCUGAAUCUCCUCUAGCUUCGCUGCUCACUCCGUCGCGAACUGCGGAGACCACUUCAUCUACCCCGCGCCAACUUGGGAGACAGUACAACCCAUUACAGUAUAUUAGGAACCGAAAAGUCAGAGCUCGAGAACGGAAGUCUAUCGAUGCAGAGGCACAAGGCUUUGAGGACUUGGCCAGAGUAUCGUCAUGGGUGGAUCAAGUUGCGGCAGAAGCUUUGUCUAACGAGUAUCAGGAGGCGGAUUGCCUUCCAAUGCCUCCAAUUUCUAAGGCGGAAGAAGUUUCCUCAUCACCGCGGACAUCACCUCAAGCGAAGAGCCAAAACGCAAACCCGAAAGUUAAACGACCUCGAAUUGACUGGGUCACCAAUCCAGCGGACAUGAUUGCAGAUUUGUUCUGGAUGGAACAGGAUGACAAUAAGAAAAUGAUUGAGGAUCGCUCUGGUCGAAAAAUCUUCCCGCCAAGCGCGGAACUGAAAAGACCACCGUCUCGUAGGGAUGGAGAACCAGAGCCGCAAGAGACUCCCGGGCUAAGAGUCCAGAAGUCUCCUGAUCUUCGAAUCGACACGAAACUCCCUGAAUUCAGGUCUCUGAAGGGAGAUUCAGACAGGCAUUUUGAUAGUGUUACAUCGAGGGCAAAACAAAGGCUACGAGAUGCAACGCGCAUACAUCAUGGUCAUAACGGCUCAGUACGCGAGCUUCACCUCCUGAGAGCUCGGAGUCCUUCUGAUUCGGACUCUUCUGACACUGACGGAGUCCAUCAUCCAAGACGUAAGCGUAGUGGAACGGCAGAUAGCCGGGAUCGCGGGAAGGAUAUCUUGGAGAAACAGAUGAUGGAGGUGCUGGAAAGGGAAAUGAGGCAACAGGAGUGGAGUGUGCCGCAUGGAUCCAUUGAAUCCCAAACCGAUGGCCCUCUUCUCGUUGGGAGUAGUUCACGUGGACACAGCAGGUCCGGAUCAUUUGCAGCGAAAGCAAAUCGCCAGCGUCUAAAUUCGAUGGUUCAUGACUCGUCAGGGCGACCAAGCCUCGAAGUUCCCCCUCUCAAUCCUCGAGGCUCGUUAGAAGAAUUGGACAGUACUGCACCGAAUUCGCCUCAAACUAAAGCCUGCCAAAUUGCCAAUACAUUCGUACCGAGUAUAGCUAUGGAUUUGUCACCACCCCCGCGUCAAAUUUCUCCAACGAGGCAUCAUAUGUCAAAGGUUAGAUCCAGGAUAAAUCCAUUCCAUGAACAUAGUCGGACGGACAGUCGAGGACGGAAAGAUACUCUGGAGACGCCGGUUUCCGCGCCGCCUUUGAGCCGAAAUGAGAUGCCUUCCGAGAGCCCCGAGACUCCAGAACGAAGGAAGCGGUCAAUGAGUCCAGCCAAGAAGAUUUCGACUAGAAAGACGGACGACAGCUCCAAAUCCUCUGGGAAAGCCAGCGUGCGCAAAGGUAAAGGGGGAGAUGAACCUUCCAGUUUCCGAGGAUUAUUCAAAGCUACUCGAGGUCCUGUCGCUAGAGUUAGCGACUUUCUCUGGAGAAAGGAAAGCUCACCAAUAACGGGGACAUCUUCUGGCUUUUCUACUGAUGAGUCUGAUGUCGAGGAUCUUCGUGCUACAAAGAGCAACGUGGAGAAAUAUUCUCGUGAAAAUUCUGCGGAGCCCCCUUCUGAUGAUAAUGAUGAUGCCUUGGCGUUGAAAGGAAAGGAAUAUAGUCAUGUUGGGAUGCCUGUCUUCAUCUCGUCAACUGAACGCCAUGGACGACAUGAAAACGUUGGGGCUGGUAUUGAUACCAGUUCGGAACGGCAAGCUCGUGAAGAACGCAGGAAAUCAUCACGGGCCAACCUCCUCGAAGUCCCGCCCCGGAUAGAUAUACAACAUGCGUCUCCAUCAUCUCCUGAGCUUGAACCCUCUCGACGCUAUUCCUCAGUCUCGGAUCUCGAAUCACGUCGAGGUAGUCUCCGCAAUGGCGUUGAGAGUGCGGACGCUCGCCUCAACGCCAUUCUUGGCUUCCCUGGACGACGAUCGUCUAAUUUGCCUGUCACUGGCCUUUCCAGUCUCGAAACAACCCACGGCAAGCGCCCGACACUGGAGGGGAACCGGCAAUGGAGUAUUUCUGAUCGCGGUGUUUCUCCUCAUCGUGGCCCAAUGACGAAGAGGGAAAUUGCUCGUGUGCGAGCACUCCUCCUUUCCUCCGGGAUCAAAGCGAAGGAAAUCUCUCGACGAGCUGCUGAGACUAAGGAUCUCUGCAACACGGAUGAGAAGCCUUAUUCUGACAUCGCCAAAUUGGCACAUGAGAAAGUCAAUCCGGUUCAAAAAUCCGAACAACAUCUCCUUGCUGCAAGAAUUAUAUCCGAUGAUAUACAGCUCUCGUCACGUAUGUGGCAGGCUACUGCAGAUAGCUUCUGCAACACCACUGUUCAGGAAAUAAUUGGUCGUGUUGAUCACCUUCAUUCUAUUAUAACAGACAAUCUCACGCCGAUGGUGAGAACAGCAGGCGACGAAGCGGACGAAGUCUCUAAAGACCUCGUUACUUCUCAAACCCUGCAAGUCAAACGAAUCAUCGAUACGAUGGACAAGAUGAUGCGGAGACGUAGGAGGAGAUUCAGGUGGCUGCGACGAGGAGGUUGGGUAAUUGUUGAGUGGGCGCUUGUGGGCGUUAUGUGGUCACUUAAUUUGCCAACCUUGCCAAACUAG